AUCAGAUAGGUAGGAGGGCCGGGUCUACACCGACCUCCGGGGUGAAGUGUGGAAGGGAAAAUAAAGUCAGUGUUUUAAAGUUCUUAAAUAAGUUUUAAUUUUGGACACGUCAUUAUGGAAUGUGAGCCCAGUCCGUGUUCCUCGGUCGUUUCCGAAGAGAGUGAACCUGAAUCCUGCGACGAGUCCUCGGAAGAAAACGAACUGGUUGGUGUUUUUGGAGACCUGGCCGCCCUCCCUUGUGAGGUAGACGAGAGGAGACCGACGUGUUUACGCUGCUGUCGCCCCGAGAAAGUGUGCUUGUGCCCUUUUCUCCCCCAACAAUCCUUGGAGGUCUCCACGUGUGUGUAUGUAGUGCAGCAUCCAGCAGAGGAGAGCAGAGUACUCCGUACAGUACCACUGCUUGCUGCUUGUUUGCCUGAAGGGAAAUGCAAUGUGAUUGUUGGAAGGAGGUUUAGUGAAGAAAGGCAUCCAGAGCUGGCUGCUGUGUGCCGGGACAGCAGGACAGUAAUUCUGUUUCCAGGUCCAAAGUCGCAGAACCUGGAGGAAUUGGUUAAACCCAAAGAAGCAGGGACUGUAGAACAUAAUAUCAUCAUCAUCGACGGCACCUGGAGACAGGCGAAGAAGAUGUUCCUUCAUAACAAACUGCUCCACCUGCCUAAACAAGUGCAGCUCAAUAGGACUCUGACGAGUCAGUACGUCAUUCGCACGCAGCCCACCAACAUUUGUCUGUCAACGCUGGAAAGCGCCGCCGUAGCACUGUCUAUACUUGAACAGAACAAUGACAUCCAAGAGGUUCUGCUGAGACCGCUGACAGCCCUCUGCUCCUUCCAGCUGCAGCAUGGCGCUCAGGUUCAUCACAGCAAGGAGCAUCUACUGAAAAAUGGAUUGUAUGACAAACCCAUGCCCAAAAACAAACGCAAAAUCAAGAGGUUGGAGAAGUUUGUCACUGAUUACAACAUCUGCCCGAGAUGACGAAAGGACUGAGCAGAGAAGAGGCAGAACUCA